AUGGCCAUUGGUCUCAUUAUUGCAGCAACAGGCGGCUGCCUAUGUGCGGCCUACCUAUCCUAUCUGGCCAUCAUUGUCAAGAAAGCGUCCACAGAUUACACAUCCUUUUUUAUGAAUUUAUUGUUGCAGUCCCUCAAGCCUAGCUGCAGCACACGGGGGGCAAACGCGUUGACCAAGCCCGUGCCUAGCCUCGACUACAAGUGGCCCAACGGACAAGGGACAGAAAAGUUCUUCGAGGGUACUAUAGCGUCUCGACGCUGGAUGGAAGAAAAUGGACCCGUCUACCAAAUUUGGUCUGGCAUCAAGCCUGAAGUUGUCCUGACAAAACCGGAACACCUCCGAGACUUUUACCGAGAUUCAGACAAGCAUAUCAAGGCCGUCAAUAACAACAGCGGGUGGCUAGUUGGCGAACUCCUCGGUUCCUGCUUGGGCCUUGUGAGCCAAGAGCGAUGGCAGCGCGUAAGAACGCAUUGGAGCCACCUGUUCACACCCACACUCGCCCAGUCCUAUACACCUGUGGCCAUAAAUCAUGCUAGGGAAUAUGUAGAUCGACUCCUACAAUCUCAGCCCAACAAUGUUGACACGGUGAUUCAGUUUGACGUCGUCGACGGUUUGAAACUUUAUCCCUUCAUCACGGUUGCCGAGAUUCUAUUUGGCCUGCUGUCGGAGAAACAAGAAAAGACGCUCAUUGGGUUGGUCCCGGAACGUGAAGAGCUCUUUCGACUCGGCAUCAAGGGCGGAAUCAACAGGACUAGACUUGCUCCGUUGCUGCAGACCAAAGCAUAUCGCAUGCUCUGCAAGUACCAAGCUUCGUGGCGAGCAUUCGUUGUUGACGCUUAUGAAAGCUCGCGUGCAUUGGACAAGAAUGCCAUGGUGGAAGAGCUCUGGGGAAAAGUUGUAAAUGACAAUGGCAUGUCAGAACAAGAGUGUUUACAAACACUGGAUGAAGUUUUAUUUGCCAAUCUAGACGUCACCACUAGCGCAGUGUCUUGGACACACGUGCUCAUUGCCCAGCAUCCCGGUAUCCAGCAAGAUGUCCGGCAGGAGAUUGCCCAACACAGAGAUCAAUGGGACGAAUACAUCAAUAAUCCCAAUACACUUCUUGCCGGCUGUGUUUUGGAGGCGUCUCGACUGCAUCCCAUUCUGCCGUUUUCGAACCCAGAGGCAGCUACGGUGGACAAGAUUGUUGGAGGCGUAGCUAUUCCACGAGGUGUCGAUGUAAUCGUAGACACUCACGCCAUCAAUGUCGACAAUCCCUACUGGGUAGACGGCACAUCGUAUAAUCCUCGCCGCUUUUCCAAUAUGCAGUCCCAGCAGUACCGCUAUCAUUUCUGGCGCUUCGGCUUUGGCCCGAGACAAUGCCUCGGCAAAUACCUGAGCGACCGACUUGUACGAGCGCUCCUCGGCGAAUUGCUAGGAAGAUGUGAGAUUUCUCUCCAUGAGUCCAACAAGGACAACAGCAGCUUUGGUCUCCAGGACGAGAGUUGGGUUGGGCUACCUCAGGUGCGCAUUUGCUGCAAACCUAUUAUAGAAGGGAGCGAGUAA